AUGGGUAGCAUACACGAGGACAAGAAAAUAAUAACAGUAGAAGAGGAGGACACGAUAUGGUCCUGGAAUACCGAUCUACCACCAACACCCGAUCGAACAAUCGCUCAAGUCUUCUCUGCUCAAGUCGUUGAAUCUCCGGAUGCCCUUGCUGUCGAAGCGCCAGAUGGCACGUUGACGUAUGCACAACUCGACAACUACUCUACGCGGCUGGCCCUCCAUCUUCGCACUACUCUCAGCAACGUAAUGUCCGAUGAAGUUGUGCCGAUUUGUUUCGACAAAUCCAUCUGGCUAGUCGUCUGCAUGAUGGCUGUGUCCAAAGCUGGAAUGGCUUAUACAACUUUCGACCCGAAUAACCCAACGGAGCGAUUACAUGCAUGCCUGCGAAUCGUCAAUCCAAGGGUGAUCCUAGCCGAAGAAAAAUACAAGGAGAGAUUUUCAGAUUUCCCAGGCAACAUCGUGGCGAACCUAAUCGAUAUUUGCAGCAAUCCCAGUGACGGAGAGAUCAUCAAGACUGACCUGCCAGUCGGUCUUCCGAGUGAUCUCGCCUACGUGUGUUUCACCUCGGGAUCAACAGGUUUGCCCAAGGCGGUUCAGCAUACACAAAGCAGUGCAGUUUCCAACGUCGUUCAUGGUCACGGUCACCAAGCCAAUAGCCGUAUUCUGAAUUUCGCGUCCCAAGCAUUUGCAGCUAGCAUUGUUACAACGCUCAAAACGCUGUGCAAUGGGGGUCUUAUAGUUCUACCGCCAGAACGAGAACGCAUGGGCGGUAUAGCAAAUUUCAUCACCAAAAAGGGAAUAACGAGAACGGUGCUGACUCCUACUGUUAUGAGCAUGCUGAAGCCGGAAGAUGUCCAGUGCCUCGAGGCUUUGCUUGUAGGAGGUGAGCCUGUAAGCAAGCAACUCAUCGACAUCUGGGCGCCACACUUGACGCUCAUCGAAGCCAUCGGGAUGACGGAGGGUGUAAGUAUUGCUAAUAUUAUGGAUACUAGCGGGAAGAAGACGAGGGCGAGACAAUACAAGACGGGCUGUGCAUGGAUUGUGGAUCCAGAUGAUACGAAUACACUGGUGCCGAUCGGGGCAACUGGAGAGCUGCUUUUUGAAGGACCGGCGCUGUUUCAGGGAUAUAGAGACGAUCCAGAAGCGAAUUCUAAAGCCUUUGUGGAGGAGUUACCACUUUGGGCGAAGAAGAGAGGGGAGAACAGACCGAAGCGGCUGUUUCGAACAGGAGACCUGGCAAAGUACGUGGAAGACGGCGUCGUGCAGAUUGUAGGCAGAAAAGACACACGCGUUAAGCUGUAUGGGCAGCGCUUCGAGCUCGGCGAGGUGGAGAAGGCCAUGAUGGAUUGCCUUCCCUCCGGUGCGUCUGUGGCGGCCGAGAUCGUAAAACCGACGAGUGACAACGGGCCUAUGCUCGUUGCAUUUAUCCAUGGCCUUUCGACGAAUUUCUCGCAAGAAAUGAAACGACUGAGAGAGCGAAUGACAGUUUCUCUUCCAGGAUACAUGGUACCGCGCGGAUUCGUGGAGCUCCAGGACCGUCCGUUGAAUCCAUCUGGAAAACUCGACCGGAAGCUGUUGCGUCAAAGAGCAGCCGAGAUGCCGUUGGUGGAAUUGAUUCAGCAUACUGGCUCAUCGGACAAGGCUGCGCCCGUGACCUCGCAAGAAAAAACAAUGCAACAUUUGUGGGCUACAGUGCUAGGGCUUCCCUCUGAUUACAUUGGCUUGGAAGAUGAUUUCUUCUUCCUUGGAGGAGAUUCUCUGCACUGUAUCAAGCUCAUUGCCGAAGCAAGGAAAGAGAAUGCUAGCCUAUCUAUUGAAGACAUCCUGGAACACAGAACUCUCCAAGCCAUGAGUGCGGCAGCAAGCUUUGGCGUGAAGGAGAAGUCAAGCACCAUAGACAACGGAGAUCGAUCAUCCACGCUAAUUGCGAUCGCCACGGGUAUCCCGGAAGAAAAUAUCGAGCAUAUUGCUUUAGCGACGGACUGGCAGGCGUGGUGCAUUGGCCAGGGGCUGCUCAAUUCGCAUGGCUGGCACGACUACAUGAUUUUCAAGUUUUCUAAAGCACUGCAUCUCGACAGACUACGGAAAACGUGCCAGCAACUGGUAGAAAGACACGCCAUUCUCCGCACAGUGUUCUUUGUCAAAGCAAAGAAGGCGUUCCAGGUCAUCCUCAAGCCUGAAGCUUAUCCGUUCCAAUUCACUGUACAGCAAUCCGGCGGCGAGGAGAUAGAUGAGCUUGUGAAAACGACUAUCCAGAAGGACAUCAAGCGGGAUACCAAACUGGGAGACCCUUUGGUAGCUUUCACACUCAUUGAGGAUCCUAAAAAUGCCACACAGCAACUGAUAUUUCGGAUUUCCCACGCCCAGUACGAUGCAAUCAGCCUCAACAAGCUGUGGCGAUCACUCGAAGCACUGUAUCGCAUGGAGCCACUGGAAGUUGUUCCCUUUACCGAAUUCUGCCAGGAGGCUUCGCUAACGCACGCGGAUUCUGAAUCGUUCUGGAAAGAAAGGCUAGCCAAUAGUUCGAUGACCGAGGUCAGGUCCCAUACUCGCCCGAGCGUGGACUGCCCUGUCGACAGCGUUGUAAAACGAAAAAUCCCCUUGGUGGACUUGAAGGCAGCUGGGUUUACAAGCGCAACUGCUGUUCUCGCAUCUUGGUCGGUGGUCCUGUCGAAGCUCACGGCUCGGGAUUCCGUCGUGUUUGGCUAUCUUAUUUCUGGAAGACACUUGCCUAUUCCGGGCAUAUCGGAUGUUCUCGGGCCGUGCAUGAAUGUAUUACCUAUGCGUGCCGACAUUUCGCCAACUGCGGAAACAUCUUCGCUCCUGAACUCGGUGCAGAGCAAUUAUCUGAAGUCUCUCCAGCAUGGUCAUCUUGGACACUAUCACAUUAUCGAAAACUGCACGAGCUGGCCCCGGUGGACACGGUUCUCUACAAUCGUCAAUCAUCUCAGCUUUGAGAUGGCCGAGCCACCAUUCUCUGGAAUUGGCGAGUGCGCGUUUAGUAUAUUGGAACCAGAGCAUGACAAAUCCGAUCUUUGGCUGCAAACAAUGGCUCGGGGCCAGGAAUUAGAAAUCGAACUGAGAUACUCGGCAAAGGCCUUCCCGGAAGACUGGGUCGCAAUGGUGACUGACUAUUUUGUCCAAGUGUACGAGCAGCUACCCCACAUGUUGGAGUGCAGAUUGGCAAAGAAUCUCCCGUUGUUGGGUACCACCUUACUCCAGAAUGAUGGGAUUGCUCAUCAACACCAAGUGGAGGAGGCUUCAGCACCAUCUGUAGAACAAAGCAAAGCUCUCGAGGAACUGGUCUUGACAUGUUGGGAGUCGGUUCUAGGGACUGAGUUCAGAUCGCACGCUGGAUUCACAUAUGCGACGCCGUUCUAUGAGAUAUGGGGUAAUAACAUCGGAGCCGCCGCCUUAGCGUCUGAGUACCACAAGAGGGGAGUCCAGGUUAGUUGCGAGCAGGUACUAGAGCAUCCUUCUGUUGGAGAGACUGUAGCAUAUCUACUGUUGCGUGAGAAGAGCACUACGAUGCAAGAUAACUAG